AUGGAACGACUUAUUCCGGCAAGUGUGAGCUUCGUAACAACGGAUAAAGCAAGCCUGGAAGACAUCCACGUUAUCAGGACGUGGCCUGGCAAGGAUGGAGAGUGGAAGACUCCGACUCGAAUUGCAUAUGCUUCCGAGAAUCGCAAAGCCGCUCUGAAUCACAAUCUGUGGGGAUACCAGGUGGAGCCGGGCAUGAUCUCAUGUUCUUGGACAAAGCUUCUGCUGGACUCUGAGACGAAGAGUUCGCAGUAUGAUGAUCCCAGCAUUCGUGCCGCGAUCGACGAGGGCCGUCUGCGCCUGCCGGACAAUCGAGAUGCGCAAGGCGUAGCAGCGGAUUUCCUAAAGGGCUUGUAUGCGCACAUGGAGAACAAAUUGAUCCGAGAGUUUGGGAAGGGAAUUUUCGAUUCAACUCCAAUGGAUUGCUGGCUGACUGUCCCCGCGGUAUGGUCCGACCAAGCCCAGAAUGCUACAAAGGCUGCUGCGAAGGAGGCUGGGUUUGGUUCUCGACCGGGCGACUCGAUUAGCCUGAUUCCGGAGCCAGAAGCAGCGGCUGUGGCUGUUCUCAAGAACAUUGUGCGACCAGACGCCCUGAACAAGCCCCAGAUAGGCGAAACCAUUUUAAUCUGCGACUGUGGAGGUGGAACGGUGGACAUAACCAGCUAUACGAUUGACCAAGUAGAGCCGACUCCCAUGUUUUCUGAGGUCUGUGUUGGUAUUGGUGGUAAAUGUGGCGCCACCUCUAUCGACCGUAGCCUGCAACGACUCAUGAGUAAUCGCUUUGGCGACGCAUGGGACAGCAUCGGCGUUCAUCGCAAGGGACCCGGGAGUAACUUUAUGAACAAGUGGGAAAUUGUCAAGCGCCAAUUUGGUGAUGUCGGAGACGACCGAACGCAUACCUUGGGCCCACUGAAUCUGAAAGGCGUCGCCGAGUCGAAGUGGUAUGAUGAGGAGGAGGGCAUGGUCCGGUUGACGAAAGACGACCUGAGAACUGUGUUCGAGCCUACGGUCGGAGAGGUCAUCAAGCUCGUUGAGGCGCAAAAACGAGAUAUUGAGAAGAAUGGAAACAAGCUAGACCGAGUCGUGUUGGUAGGAGGCUUCGGAGAUUCGAAUUAUCUCUUUUCGCGGCUGAAGUCUUGGUGCGAAGGCUUCAAGAUACGCGCGUUCUGUCCUGAACACCCGCAAGCCGCUAUUGUGAGAGGGGCCGCAUUGCGCGGUCUGGUUGGCAUAGCACCUCGCAAAAGACGAUGCCGACGCCACUAUGGCUUCUUGAUCAGCCGACCUUUCCAGGCAGGAAUAGAUCCCGCUGAAGACGCCUUCAUCGAUCCGUACGAUGGCAUUAAAAUGUGUAAAAACCAAAUGCUUUGGCUUGCGGCAAAGGGAGAUGUGAUCACCGAAUCAACCUCUCGCUCGCAUUUUGUCAAUCUCGCGAAUAGGGUCAAAGAGACAAAUAUGACGGCAGACUGGCAACUUUACAGCUGCAGCAAAGAUACCGCACCGCAUCGAUUCGACUAUUCAGUCCUUGAGUCGGUCGGCAACAUUCACAUCGAUUUCAGCAGCAUCAACGUCUUUAAGCUGCCCACGAAGCGCGAAUUUGGGUUCUUUGGCAGCCGGUAUUACAAUCUGGCGUUCGAGAUCCAGGUCGAUUUCGGAGCCAAGAGCGGAUCGUUGGAGGUGCGGGCGCUCUGUGAUGGCAUUGUAACCGGCCACGCUGAGAUAGUGUACGACUGA